AAUCCCCACCAGUUAUAACCCCAUGGUGGGGCGUAUUUGUGGUGGGAGAAGGCAACACAGUACAGAUUUGGAACUACACAUAUAGAACAACAACAGUCCAGGAUCAGCUGCUAUCGCUGUCAGUGGUGCCUUUCAGAUUCGGUUUAUUUUAUUUGGAGUGGGGUAGACAAAAAACUUCAAAAUGGACGCCAUUAAGAAGAAGAUGCAGGCCAUGAAGAUGGAGAAGGAUAGUGCCAUGGACAAGGCCGACACUUGUGAAGGCCAGUCCAAGGAUGCGAACCUUCGUGCAGACAAAGUUAAUGAAGAUGUGAGAGAUUGUCAAAAGAAAUUGACCCAGGUAGAAAGUGAUCUGGACACAAACAAGAAUAAGUUGGAAGAGGCCAUCAAACAGUUAGAGGAUAGAGAAAAGGCACUUACUGCGGCUGAAAGUGAAGUAGCUGCUUUGAACAGGAAAGUCCAGAUGAUUGAAGAAGACCUUGAAAGAUCUGAAGAAAGGUCUCAAGCUGCUGCAUCAAAAUUGGCUGAGGCUUCUCAAGCAGCUGAUGAAUCUCAACGUAUGUGCAAAGUACUCGAAAACCGUAGCCAGCAAGACGAGGAACGUAUGGACCAAUUGACUAACCAAUUAAAGGAAGCUCGUCUCUUAGCUGAAGAUGCUGAUGGAAAAUCUGAUGAAGUUUCGAGAAAACUUGCUUUUGUUGAAGAUGAACUUGAAGUAGCAGAGGAUCGUGUGAAAUCUGGAGACUCAAAAAUCAUGGAGCUGGAAGAAGAAUUGAAAGUUGUCGGAAACAGCUUGAAGUCAUUGGAAGUUUCUGAAGAAAAGGCCAAUCAACGAGUGGAAGAGUACAAGCAUCAAAUCAAACAACUCACUGUAAAAUUAAAGGAGGCUGAAGCUCGUGCUGAAUUCGCCGAGAAGACCGUUAAGAAACUGCAGAAGGAAGUUGACAGACUUGAAGAUGAACUCGGCCUCAACAAAGACAGAUACAAGUCUUUGGCUGACGAGAUGGAUUCCACAUUUGCUGAAUUGGCUGGAUAUUAACCCUCUAGACUUAGCCACAUUUUCAAAGGAAUUUACAUUUAAAGUAAAUAAUUACCCAAUGAUUUUAUCAAAUAAUAUUACCAUCAUCAAUUAUAUUAAUAAACCAAAAGAAUAUUACAUUAAAUUAUUACUGUUAGAUUAUUUAUUGUUUGAACCAGUGCAUACAUAGGUAUAUAUUAAUAUAUUAUAUAUAUAAAUGUAUUACGUGUGAACUUAUUAACAAAUUAACAAUUUACACUUUACAAUUUUACCUGUAUUCUAGCUUUAUUAUUAUAGUAUUAAUGUACAAUAAUUAUCUAGUCUUAUGUUCUAAGUCGCCUAGCCUUUAUGACAUAUUAUAAUAUUUAUAUCGCAUAUGUACACAUUAUGUCUUAAAUUUUUCAUUGGAUUAAUUUAUAAACAUAUAUUAUACAUACAUACAUACAUAUACAUAUACAUAGGUGUUCAACAUAUAUAUAUACAUACAAUGUAACGGGAAAUAUUUGUACAUUGAUCUAUAAUAAAUUAACUUCUUGCGUAUAAAUAUAUAUAUGUUUAUUGAACAUCUGUAUGUAUAUAAACAUAAUAUGUACAAAAUAUUAUUAUUUAGGUUAAUUUAUUAUUUAACUUAUUAUUAAGGGAAAUUUAUUCGUUAUAGGCUUAUAUACAAAGUAUCUAUGGUUAUAUUUAAUAUUUAAUAAUUAUAAAAGUGUUAAGAAAUAUAAAUCAUUAUAUUAUUUCACAAGGUAGGUGAUUUUGAAGAUUAAUAUCUUUAUUUCAAUGGCAAAUAUUAAACACUUUAACUUACUUCAGUUAAUUUAAUUGGAAAACUGAUAACGCAUGUUUUUUGAUGAACAGUCGGUUAGUAUCUAACUUUGUCAUGUACUUAUAAUAUUAUUAAUUUUAUGAUCAUUAUUCAUGUAAAUAAUAAAUGAAUACGAGUCAAGCUAGUCAUAUAGAAACAAUUGUUGAAUUCGACACGUUAGUAAAUAAAUUCGUAUUUAGACGUUUGAAUUCAACAUGCGUUUGUUAAUUUGUUUAAAAUAUUGUAUUGUUGUUUUUUUUUUUUUGAUAGACAUUUAGUUUCUUUAAUUAAUAAAUUUGAGUGAAUAAACAUAUGUUUUUUUUUGAUUGUUGGAUAAGAGUGGUUUUCGUUGUACAAUUAUCUUUAGCUGCUAACCAAUUAUUAUCGCUAUACAUCAAUAAAAUACAAUAUUAUUGA